AUGCUCUGCUUUUGGCACAUUCGUCGCAACGUCGUAGCCCAAGCUCAGAAAAAGAUUGGUGAUGGCAGUACUGUAGCCAUCGUGAAUGGAAUGCAGCGGAAGAAAAAAAUUGCACUCGAGACGGACAUUUUCAUGGCAAAGUUCGAUGAGACCGUAGAUUCAACUACUGAGGACGAAUUCGAGGAGAGACGAGCUGGUCUGCAUCGACUAAACAGUGCUAUGGGCAAGUACCUGGAUGCUCAGUGGUGGCCGCAUAGAACCAAGUUUGUAAGGUGUUGGACGGAUCAGUACAGCCACUUCGGAUGUAGAGACACAUCGACGGUCGAGGGUACGCAUGCUACAAUGAAAUCUUGGCUUGACAACUCACAAGGUGAUAUCCUUAAAGUCUUUAUGCGCCUCCUUCCAUGGUGGAGUCACGCUGCAUCACGAACCAGUCUAAAAGCGGCCAACGACGAGUCCAAUAUUCCUCCUCUAUUUCGUAAGAACGACAACUACUCAGCCAUUGCGAAGAUUAUUACCAUUCAUGCCUUUAGGAAGACCGAUGAACUCUGGGCAAAAGCUCGUGCCAUUGUUGUUCACAAUCUUGACAGAAGUGUAUGUGACGGUACAUUCCGGCGGGUACAUGGCCGCCCGUGCAUUCACGACCUCAUGGCGAUCAUCGAGUCCGAUGACCCGAACGUGAAGCUAAGGCCUGAACAGUUUGACAGGCAUUGGUGGCUUCCUAGCGCUCGCAACUGUGAUACUGAAAGAGUUCUAGAACCAGCAACACGUCGUAGAGGUCGCCGUUUUAACGCCCAGCAAAGGUCUCAUCAAACCGGCUACGGAGCCUACAGUACACGUCGAGAGCCGUUGGGCUUUGAAAUUAUCGAGCAGAACUUAGCAGUAGAACGGAUGCACGCUGCACACGUGCCAUCGUUUACUGAGCUGCUCCAAAGUGAAGAUACUGUUCAAUAUGAACAGAAAUUCUUGCCUCCUCGCUCGUGGGGAUAUGCAGGACUGAGAUCAUUAGAUGAAGACUGCUAA